AUGACAAUGGUAACCAAGAGAGUUGCGCCGUAUGGCGAAUGGGACAGUCCGAUUACGGCUGACACCAUCACGUCAAAGAGCUGGUCUGUAACUUCGCCGCGCGUGCACCGAGCCUCUGGUCGCGCAUACUUCAAUGAGUCAACGGACGAUGGCCGUAACGAUAUAGUGGAGAUCACUGACAACGGACUCAAGGGUUUGUUGCCAGCACCUUGGAGUGCCCAUAAUUCGGUCUACGAGUACGGCGGUUCUCCAUAUGAUGUCCUUUCAGAUGGCCGCAUUAUCUUCUCCGACAGCAAAGCUGGCAUUGGCAUACUAAACCCGGAUUCUGGGGAGGUCGUGGCGCUGGCAAGCCAUCCAAAGCUACGAUACUCUAACUUUAGCGCAAACCCACAGGGUCCCUGGGCCCUGGCUACUGAGGAAGACCAUGAGAUUGACACAGCCAAGGGAAUUAGAAACUACGUUGCAGCUGUCAACGCAGACACUGGCGAGGUCAAACGGGUUGUAGAAGGCGCCGACUUCUACUACACCCCACAAUUCAGUGAAGACGGAAAGCGGGUGACUUGGAUCGAAUGGAACCAGCCAGAUCUACCGUUUUCUGCUGGUAAGAUCUUCGUGGGCGAUUGGACGUCAUCAGCCUGCGUCGAACACAAGAUCCAAAUAUCGGGCAAAGACCGUGAGGGUGCUGCUGAGCCCCGGUGGGGAUUUGACGGGAGCUUGUUCGUGUGCAUUGAAGUCGACGGGUUCCGGCAGCUUCACCGCCUUGCACCUGGCAGCGAGAAGCCCGCUCACAUCAAGCUCAAGGGCCUUGAAAAUGCCGAGUUCGGUGAGAUUCGAUGGUUCCAGGGAAGCCAUACGUACGCGCCAUUGUCUGCCCGCCACGUCGUAGCAGCCGGUAUCAUCUUCGGCCAGGCAAAGCUUAUUCUCAUCGAUCUUGAGACAAGCGACUGGAAGACUAUCGGGCCCGAAAAUCUCUGCGCUAUCGCAUUGGACUCGGUGGUACGCUUAAGCGACAGCUCCGUCUUGGUCAUCGGCGAGCAAUCAACCUCCCCAUCUGCACUCUACAAAAUCGACGUAUUCACAGGAGAGGUUACGACCGUGCGGAAGACAACCGACGAGAGCUUGAAUGAGUCACUUUUCUCAAAACCAGAGCUUGUCCAAUUCGUAUCAAAAGGCGAACCCUCGCGCAAAGUUUACAGCAUACUCUGGAUGCCGCGAAACCCAAAGUUUAUCGCACCAGAAGGUACACUUCCCCCGCUCAUCAUCUCUUCUCAUGGUGGGCCGACCAGUUACACCGGCUCCGGACUGAAGCUCCGCACGCAAUACUUCACUACACGCGGAUAUGCAUUUCUAGCGCUGAACUACACUGGUUCGACGGGACACGGGAGAGACUACCGCGAAGCACUUUUCAGAAACUGGGGCACUGUCGACGCUGACGAUGCCGCCGAGGUUGCUGACCACCUCGUGUCGGCUGGCAAAGUAGGCAAAGUCGGCAUCGUCGGUGCCAGUGCCGGAGGCUACAACGUCCUGCAGGCGCUUGUCCGCCAUCCCAAGGCCUUCGGGGCGGGAUUCUGCGUGUGCGGCGUCAGCGAUGUCAAAAAGCUGGACGAGUCUACGCACAAGCUUGAGUCUGAAUACAUGGGCGCUUUAAUCCUCGACCCGGGUAUGAGCGAAGAACAAAAGGAGGAUAGGUACCGAGAACGCAGCCCGCUUUUCCACGCGGGCAAAAUUGAAUCGCCGUUGUUUUUGUUGCACGGCGUUGCUGAUACCGUGGUUCCCGUCGAACAGGCUCGGCUUAUCUAUCAGGCUGUCAAGGAUAAGGGGGGAGACGUGAAGAUCAGGGAGGUCCCUGGCGAGGGUCACAUGUUUGGCAAGCCUGGAAGCCCGAGGAUCUGGUUGGAUGAAGAGGAGAAUUGGUGGAGGAAGUAUUUGCUGUGA